AUGAACCCGCAUUCUCUUCUGCAGCUAUUGAGUGAGUUUGCAUCUAACUCUAAGACUAAAACCGGGUUUGAUACAGUUCAAUUUGUUGGUCAUCUGAUUGGAACAUUACUUUUCGGCACGUUAUCAGAUAGAUUCGGGAGAAAACCGAUUGGAAUUGUCGUGAUUUCAAAUGGAAUCUGGUCAACAUUUGCUAGUGGUCUGGCUCCGAAUGUACCACUUCUCUUUGUUUUCAGAUUCUUUGUCGGACUAUCCAUCGGUGGCAUGCUCGUAGUUCUCUGUGCGUGGAUAAUGGAAGUUAUUCUCCCCCGACAGAGAAUGGUUGUACGCGGGUUCUUCAACUGGGGAUGGACCAGAAUCGCAUUGACAGCAAUAUGUUAUUUCACUCGGGAAUGGAGAUUGGCUUCUUUCACAACGUCGGUUUCCCUCAUACCUGCACUUUUAUUGGUAGUUUUUGUGAUACCAGAGUCACCUGUUUGGUUGCAUAGCAAAGGAUAUAAAGAGAGAAUGAUUGAAAGUGAAAUUCGAAUUUCAAACAUAGCAGGAAUCCCUUAUACUCCAGUUGAACAUAAAACUGUUCAACCAAAAUGUUUGAUAGACACUCUAAAGACAAAAGGUGUAUUCAAGAAGCUUCUCGUUUUGUGGUCCAUGUGGUUCUCAGUGGCAAUGUGUAGUGGCGCCAUUGAUCUGAACUCCGGAACGCUAGCUGGAGAUCUUUAUUUGAAUCAAGUGCUUUUUGGGAUACUUUUAGUGCCAUCAAAAAUGUUACUUCUUUUCGUGGACACAUAUUUUACUGAUUUCAAAAGAAGAACUUUACAUCAAGGUUCUCUCAUUGGAGUCCUCAUUUGUGUGAGUAUGCUGACAGUCUUUACAGUAUCCAAAUACCAAGUUUCUGCAGUUUUGAUAACGUAUCUCAUCGGAACAGCAUUUAUUGAGUACACUUGGGAUGCUUGCUACUUGUGCGCCAUCGAGUUAAUGGAGACACCCACGAGAGCAAGUGCAACUGGCUCAUGUUCCCUGGUAGCUCGUUUCGGAAUGAUUUUGGCGUCAGUCCUGACACAUGCCAAUAUGUGGUGGCCAUAUUCAGUCAAUGCUACUGUUUUCGUUUUGGUUGCAUCGAAUUUAAUUAUUUCUUACUUCUUUUUGCCAGAAUCAAAAGGUGUGAAUUUGGAUAAUGUUUGUGAUGAAGUCAUUCCGAUGGAUGAUGUCAACAAAGAAGCCAAUGGGAACAAAACGGCUUCUCACUAG